AUGGAUGACAGCAUGGAUGACAGUUUGGAUGAUCAUGGCAAGGCUGAGGCAAGUGAUGUUGGAACAGAUGGUCCCUCCACUAAAAAGGUAUCUGGUGGGAGGCAAAACCAUGCCAAGACACCAUUCCCUUCUCAUUCCCACUCAAAUCCCCCACCAGCUGAUGGUUCCCAUAUUGAGCAGCUCUCUGCACCUCCAGCCCAUGCAAAGACCCUGCAAACCCUGAUCUGCACUCAGGGAGACCACUCAGAAUAUGCAGAUGAAGAUGGAUUGGAGAGCAUUCUUUUCACUGACCACCCAACUGAGGAGGGGUCAACAAGCAGAAAAAAAGGUGGAAAGCUGAAAUCUGCCCUGAAGUGCACACACAAGGCAAGUUCAGUCAUGUUGAAUCAGCUGUUAUGGCUAACAAGUUUGCACUGUAUAUUAAGCAGGCUCUGUCAGAAUCAAGUGUCCCUGGGAGCACCUGGAAGUCACCUCAUGUCAGAAAGGUCCCCUGCAAGGCCAGAUGCAGAUGUUCUAUCUCCUGAUGCACAGAGAUUGCACAAGCAAACAGGCAACAAUCAGAAGCAGAAGUAG